AGAACCUGAAAAUGUGGCAAUAGAAAUCAAUCCACGUGUGCAGGGAGAGGUGGAGAGAACUGCGGAAGAUGGCGUAUCUUCUUCAAGCUUCCAUACGUCUGCCUCUGCACUCUCUUUGCAAAAGAUCUAUUCUUUCGAAUCCCCUCAUUUCGUUUCGCAUUCCAACCGCAGCACUACCUCUCAAAAUGUCUACCAACUCGACACAACUCACCCACUCUAUUACCCUCCCGAGUCAACUCGGCCACCCCGUCCAAAUCGUUGCUGCCCCUUGCGUCUCCGACUCUGAAUUCAGGAAUGCGAUGGAUUCGUCCUUGUUCAAGUCCUGGUUAAAGAACAUGCAAAGUGAAACUGGGAUUUUAGCUGGUGGUGCCUUGUAUCUUGAUCGAGUACUUAUUCAGGGAGUGGAUAUGUUUGGAAAACGCAUUGGCUUUCUCAAAUUCACUGCAGACAUCUAUGAUAAAGCUAUGGGGAAAAAGGUUCCAGGUAUUGUAUUUGCACGAGGACCAGCUGUAGCUGUUCUGAUCCUUUUGAACUCUGAAGGUGAGACUUACGCCGUUCUCACCGAACAGGUUAGGGUCCCUGUUGGUAGACUCAUUUUGGAAUUGCCGGCUGGAAUGUUGGAUGAUGACAAGGGUGCUUUUGUUGGCACUGCAGUUCGUGAGGUUGAAGAGGAGAUCGGUAUGCAUUUAAAUCUAGAAGACAUGACAGAUCUCACAGCCUUCCUGGACCCAACAACUGGAUGUAGAGUUUUUCCUUCUCCCGGAGGAUGUGAUGAAGAAAUAAGCCUCUUUCUAUACAGGGGACAUGUUGAAAAAGAAAUUAUAAUGCAGCUGCGAGGCAAAGAAACCGGUCUACGCGAACAUGGUGAGCUGAUCAAGGUUCAUGUGGUUCCCUAUGAAAAACUCUGGCGGAUAACAGCCGAUGCAAAGGUCUUGACAGCAAUUGCUCUCUAUGAAAUGGCCAAGAGGGAAGGGCUAUUGCCUCCUUUGAAAGCGAAUACUUAAAUUUGCUCUCUCUUAGUUUUUCUCUCUUUCAUUGUUCAGUCACCAAUCCCUCUAGCCUGUUGAACUAGUAGAAUCUGUUUUGUCUUAGAUUCUGUGCCACUCUUGUGGUUUUCUGUGUUUGUCGGAUGAUAAUCUAUUUUUUAAUGCAAUAUAAUAUAUGGAAAAUGAAAAUAGGAACUUCAUCUUUGAUAA